AUGUGUGUGUGUAUUUGUUUCCAGGACCUGGCGCAGUGUGUGAACGAGGUGAAGCGAGACAAUGAGAUCAUCAGGCAGAUCACGUCCUUCCAGUUGUCCAUAGAAAACAUGACUCAGUCUCUAGCUUUCUACGGUCGCCCCAAGAUUGAUGGAGAGCUGAAGAUCUGCAGCUCGGAGAAGAAGUCUAAGCAGGACAGGUAUGCAUUCCUCUUUGAUAAAGCCAUGUUUGUGUGUAAGAAGAAGAGUGGAGAGACCUUUGAGUUAAAGGAGAUCAUUGAACUACAGCACUACCAGAUACGAGAUGAAACCACAGGAGAGAAGGACAAUAAAAAGUGGUCCUAUUUGUUCCUCCUGCUGGACUGCUAUGGGAGGUGUGGGUACGACUUAUUCUUCAAAACCAGAGAACUGAAGAAGAAAUGGCUGGAGCAGUUUGAGAUGGCUCUGUCAAAUAUGUGUCCAGAGAACUCCACAGCCAACAACCACGACUUCCAGAUGCACUGCUUCGAGGACACCACCUCCUGCAAGGCCUGCUCGAUGCUGUUAAGAGGGAUAUUUUUCCAGGGCUAUCGCUGCACUCGCUGUAAAAUGGCUGCACAUAAAGAGUGUUUAGGCAGAGUCCCUGCCUGCGGACGAAACUCAGAUCACGCUGGCACUACGAGGAAGAAUAAAACACAGAGGUCCUCCGGACACUCCAGCGUUGGAUUUCCUAAGAUGGAGGUAUGUCAGGAGUAUUAUGGCUUGCCUCCGCCUCCUGUGGGCUUCGGCCAACCUCUUCACCUCUCCAAAGGUGACAUCAUUGAGCUGACCCGGGCUGAUGCCGACCUGCCAUGGUGGGAGGGAAGAAACCUGACUGUUGGUCAAAUGGGAUGGUUCCCCUGCCAGAAAGUUCAGCCCUACGUCUCUGUGAGUAUCAGCCAACAUGAGCUGCUAAACAAGGCCGACCCCGACUUGUCUGACUUCAGCUGGUUUGCUGGGAACAUGGACAGAAGUGCUGCCAAAAACCUGCUAAUGUCACGGUCUGAUGGAACCUUCCUCGUGCGGCAGAAAGAUGGAGGAGAGUUUGCCAUCAGCAUCAAGUUCAACAUGGACAUCAGACACAUUAAGAUCACGUCCACUGAAGGCCUGUACCGCAUCAAUGAGAAGAAAGCAUUCAAGGGUUUAAUUGAGAUGAUUCAGUUUUACCAGCAGAACUCUUUGAAGGAGUAUUUCAAGGAUGUGGACACCACCCUACGGACGCCUUACAAACAACCAGAGCAGAGCAACUCGUCCAACGACACGCCAAAUAGCACACCAGGAGGCAGCAUGAGGAGUUUUGGCGUAGCGAGGGCCAGGUACGACUUCUCAGCCAGGGACCGUUCAGAGCUGUCGCUGCGGGAGGGAGACACCAUCAAGAUCCUAUCCAAGAAAGGUCACAGUGGUUGGUGGAAAGGAGAGGUGUAUGGCCGGGUGGGGCUCUUUCCAGCCAACUAUGUGGAGGAGGACUACUCUGACUACUGCUGACGUGGCUGCAGAGAAGAUGUGUGAGAACCCAAACUAUAUGUGCAGGAGACUGUGUGAUACCUGGUCCCCAUUGAUUGCAUUAACCCAUAUGCACGUGUGUCUGUGUGCGUGUGAGAGAGAUGCUGUUACUUGUGAUCUAAUGAGUGUCUAGUUAUGUGAAUAAAACUUUUUUCCAACUGA